AUGCCCUCAGGUCUUUUCAAAGGUGAACGAUUAUUGGAGCUUGGCAGAGGGCCAGCUAUAUAUCGUCUUAUUGCAGCCACUACGCACUUCUCAGAGAUCGUAUUCUCUGAUUACACAGCCUCGUGUAGAGAGGAAGUGCGUAAAUGGAUUGAGAAUCGAGAAGAUGCGUAUGAUUGGUCUCGUCAUUUCAAGUUUGUCACUGAUAUGAUUGGAAAUAGGUCAGUGUCACGUCUGUUCUAUGAAAUUAUCGAUCGACACAUUGUAUUUACAUGGAUUGGAAAGAAAUUCAAAAAAAUGCUUCGUCAGAAAAUAACAGACGUUGUCCCCUGUGAUGUCUUGAAGUCUAAUCCAUUGGAACCAUUUACAUAUGACACGUUCGAUGGUAUCAUUGUUGCUAGUUGUCUAGAAAUGGCAUGCGCUGAUAUCGCAUCGUUUAGGAACAGCGUUAAGUCCGUGGCUUCACUAUUGAAACCUGGUGGUGUGGUGGUUCACUGGGGACGGUUAGGUGGUAAUUUCUACAACGUUGGAGAUGCAAGUUUCCAUGCACUCACGACAACAGAGGAAAUAGUCAGGAAUGCUUACAAACAGGCUGGGUUCUCUAUCAUACAGUGUGUCAAAGUUGGAGGUGGUGGCGAAGACUUGAAACACCUUGCUGACGCCAAUAAUUAUUUAUUCAUGGUGGCAAGUAAACAUAGUGUGGUCCACGCUUAA